CUUCGGUUUUGGAGUAUAACGCUGCAUGCGGUUUAUGGCUGUAGGACGCGCAGCCAGUCCUGAAUUAUAUCCAUCGUGGACGGUGUCUCAUAGAGGCUGAUACUGUUACCUUCUGUUUCGUAUUUGCGCUUUCACUGAUAAAGUUGAUUCGUUACAUACUAAGGGCUGUGAGUUGAGGGUAUUCAGCUUACUCAUUCAGGCCGGCAGUUCUAGAACUGCUUGGAGGAGGAAGUAAGGCAGCAUCCGUCGCCUGCGUAAAUUAUUAAUACCGGUUUCAGUGAUUACAACAAACGUAACGUGAUACAUUUUACGCCGCUUCGGCCGACAGCCCCAUUAUUCUUCCGUUUUGCGAACGGCGCGCGGCGCUGGCGGAUAUAAAUGCUGCCCUCGACGUUUCUCGCCAGCAGCGUGCAGUCGAUGGAGCGGGUCCCCAAUAUGCAAUUCGGAGGCCGCGCUAAUCUUGGUGCAGCUGCAACUUCAUGCCGACAUGCGCCCUGCUCAUCCUCCCGCUGGCCAACAAGUCGUCGCCUUCACACCACCCUCGCACCAUUAAAAGAGGUAGUUAAUCACCCUCGGAGCCGCCUGGCGUCGGCCAGCAGCGAAGACGGAGCAAACAUUGCAGCCACAAUGGGACAACAACACCCAUCCUGUCAGGCGUCAGUUAGCAAAGCUUUAGACAUCUCCGCAGCACCCGCUUCCGGCAAUACCAGCAGUGAUAACGGAAGCAGUACGGAAGGAAAUCCCGACAACGCUUCUCAUAAUUACAGCCGACGCGCUGUUACCCUCUCCUUCACCUCCGCCCUCGCCGCGCCUCCGUUUCUGCUCCUGCAGUCCUCCUCCUCAACAGCGCUCGCUGCAGAACCCAACAGCGACCCGCAACCCUUCAACACUAUCACAGCCAGCAGCAGCGGCAACAACAACAGUAACAACAGCGCAGGCAGUGGCAGCAGAUUCAAAGCCAAAUCCACGUCUCCUGCGGGUCAGGAGCGACUCUUGAACAACCACCACAAAGGCGGCUCUCUGUCACCCGCUUCCGGUGACCUUCCACCUCCAAGUAGCAGUACUAGUAGCAGCAAAAGCAACAACAGCAGCAGCAGCAGGCGGGUGAUCUGGCCCCCCGUGCCUCAGGUUCAGCUCGCCCCGGGGCUGCGUGUGAGCAAGGUGGUUCGAGGCUGCUGGCAGCUGAGCGGCCGACACCACGGGGACGCAGCCACAGACCGCACCUCGGGCAGCGAUGUGUCCGCCGACCUGGCCGCGUUCCACCGGGCUGGGGUCACCACUCUGGACACCGCAGACAGCUACGGACCCUCGGAAACACUGAUAGGGCAGUACCUGCGGCUGAACCCCGCACAUGCGCCCCCCCAGGCCGUCCUGGCCACCAAGCUGAGUUACGUGGGGGCGGAGGAGAUGGCGGGCGUGAACAGGACGCUGGUGGAGUAUGCGGUUCGCGGCUCGCUAGCCCGGCUGGGUGUACGGCAGUUGGAUCUUGUUCAGCUGCAGUGGGCCGACCCACGGGUCCACCGGCGCUGGCGGGACGUGCUGGGCUGGCUGGCGGACCUACGGGAGGCUGGUCUCAUUCGCCACAUCGGCCUCAGCAACUUCAACGUGCCGGACAUGACUUGGGCUGCCGAGUCGGGUGUGGGUGUAGUGAGCAACCAGGUGCAGCUCUCGCUCAUCGACCGGCGGCCGCAGCUGUACAUGCAGCAGGCGGCUGCCUCGUACGGCAUCAAGCUGCUAGCGUACGGCACCCUAGCUGGCGGGCUGCUAGCCGAUAAAUACUACAACGUACCCGCAAACAGGGUACGCUUGGAUACCGCAAGCAAGCAAAAGUACGGCUUGGUCCUUCGAGAAGCAGCUGGAGGCGGCCGAGGUGGUGGUGGUGGGGGUGGCAGCAGCAGCGGUUGGUCCUGGUUCCAGGAGGUGUUGGAAGCGUGUCGGCAAGUGGCGGGCAGGCACCCGGGGACAAGUGCCAGCUCGGUGGCGAUUGCCUGGGUGCUGCACCAGCCGCAGGUCUCCGCAGCCAUCGUAGGCGCUCGUAACGCUCGCCACAUCCGUGAUCUGCAGGCCGCAUGUGCCUUGAAGCUGGACGAUACCGACCUGCUCGAUCUGGAUGCGGUGUGGGAGGGGGUGCCCAACCCACCCACCAGUGACGUGUACGCAUGGGAGCGAGGGGGCAUGUGGUAGCUGCUGGGCGGGUGGAGGAGGUGGCGGGAAGGGGGGGGGGACGACCGGGGAUUUGCAGGGACUGAUGAACGGGGAAGGAGCGCAGGCAAGUGUUUGUGUACUCUGCAGUUGCAAUAGCAGCACGGCAGGGGGAGGAGGCUUAGGGGCAGAUCCUGUGUACGGCAGCAGGCAGGUUCCAUUACCCCCAGUGCUGUUGAGAGCCGAGGACACGUCAGCACCAUACAGCCGUACGAGCCAUGUGUCCUUUAGGGACUAUGUUACAACUCCUCCGUUCCUCCCCUAGGCACUCCUCCGUUCCUCCUGCUGGCACUCCGACAAUAUAUCUUGUAGAAAACACCCAACACA